CUUUGGAGAUUAAACGGUCCAUAAAUGUUUAAACCCUAAAAAGUAGAGAUCAGUAUUCAAUAUUAUGUACUCACAUUAAUUCCUCUCCUUUUUUAUUUUACGGAUAUUUGUUGAUUUUCCUGCUCCUUCCAAAGUUGGCAUAUUUCCAUGGCAGUAGGCUCUAUUGAUGGGUUGGAUGAACAUCUGCUCAAUGAACUUGUUGCUCGGGGUUCAUUGGAUUUUGAUGCUUGGACUACGCUCAUCUCGAGUGUUGAACAAAUGUACCAUGAUGAUAUAGAUAAAAUCAGUUUGGUAUAUGACUCGUUUUUGUCCGAGUUCCCCCUCUGCCAUGGAUACCGGAAGAAGUAUGCUGAGCAUACGACACACUUAUGCAGUGCGGAACGUGUUGUUCGAAUCUUUGAAAGGGCAGUUGAAGCAGUGCCAUAUUCUGUUGGUGUAUGGGUUGACUAUUGUAGCUUCGAUAUCUCGUCUUUUGAGGAUCCAUUGGAUGUUUGCAGGUAG